GAGGCGCUGAGCGCGGCGUGGGGUUCCUGCCGCACGAAGGACGAGCAGGAGGCCUACAGGCACGCGUUACAUGAGACCAUGGACCUAUGGUACGGGCACGCCGGCGUCACCGUCGUCAGCGUCCACGGGAACCUUGGCCCCGAUGGCGAGCAGAAGCUGGAUGAGGAGGAGGCCGAGGGGCGGCACUGGUUCGGCGACUCUGGCUGGGUGGCGUACGAGCUGCGCGCCGCGCGGGUGCUCCCCCGGCGGAGGAGGGAGGUGACGUGGCCCGCGUUGCAGGAGCUCGGCAGGCAGACGGCGGUCGGCGCCAAGGCCUCCACCGUGGCGAUCGAGGACGGCGGCGAGCCCGGCCGCGCGAGCGCGGACAGCGAUGCCGCGGCGACCAACGAGAGGCGCCGGCGCAUCAGCGUGAGCAGCGUGAGCAGCGUGAGCAGUAUGGGCUCGGCGCCGCGGCACCAGCGCCUGAGCAGGCGGGGCAGCUACGCCAGCACCGCGUCCCUGAGCAGCGUGGGCCAGUCGGACAUCGGCUGGGAUGACAAUCAGCUGCUGACGUCCCCAUGGCCCGUCUCCGCGGACGCCUUCGACGAGCUCACCGCCGAGAAGCGCUUCGCGCACGCGCCCGACCGGGCCACGGUCCAGCGGCUCUAUUGCAGGCUCGCCGCGGCCACGCUCGACGCCGCCGAGGUCUUGGACUUCUCCUCGAUGCCGGCGCCUAGCCAGAGCGCUGCGAGGGGCCUCGGCCAGUACCUCCGCGGCAGCAGCGCCCUCCGGGAGCUGCGCCUCGAGCGCGCGGGGCUGUCGGGCAGGCACGUGGAUGCCAUCGUGGAGGGGCUGAUUUUCGAGGCCGGCGCCGAGGAGGCGUCCCGCUGCCCCCCGCGCAUCCUCGCCGGCCUGGCGCCGACGCCGGCUGCCGGCAAGCCGGACCGGCCGCCGCUGCUGGGGGCGCUGGAGGUGCUCAACCUCCACCACAACACGCGCCUGGGCGAGGAGGGCCUGCGGGCCCUGCGGCGGGCCCUGGAGGGCGGUGCGAUGCCGGCGCUGCGGGUCUUGAACCUGAACCACUGCUCCCUCCAGAAGCCUGGCGGCCAGAUGCUGGUGGAGCUGUUCCCCUACCUGCCCCAGCUCAAGGAGCUGAUUCUGGAGGGCAACGGCCUUGGGGAUAAGUGUGUCCACGACAUCGCGGAGGCGAUGUCGUCCGAGAGCCUCCCGAGGCUGACCACGCUUACCCUCGGUUCGAACCGCGUGGGCAACGAGGGCGCCCGCGCGUUGGCCAAGAAGUCGUACAGCGCACGGUUCAGCCCACUGUCCAGGCUGGACCUCCACUACAACGAGAUCGGGGACGCGGGCGCGGAGGAAAUCGCUGCCGCCGUCCAAGCCGGGAAGCUCCCGAAGAUCAUCGACCUUGAGGGGAAUCUGCUGGAGAGUCGCGGCAUCAGGGCGCUGGAGAAGCUCGGCGUGAAGGUGCUCGACCAGAAGGAGCCCCACGUCUCCUCGAAGGAGGCGUCCGACCGCACCGACCGCGCCGCCGCGCGCCGCCGCCAGAGGAAGCAGCGUGAGUGA